AUCGUAGUUCAGUGGAAACGAGGCCACUUCCUUUCCUUUUCUAGUUUUGUUGUGCUGCGAGUCAAACAUGCCAAAAGUACGCAAGGAAAAAGUCAGCGCCGUCCAGGUUUUCGGUCGCAAGAAAACGGCCACCGCCGUUGCGUACUGCAAGCGCGGAAAGGGGCUGCUGCGCGUGAACGGUCGCCCGCUGGAACAGAUUGAGCCGAAAAUUCUGCGCUACAAGCUGCAGGAACCGCUGCUGCUGCUGGGCAAGGAGAAGUUUGCCGGUGUUGACAUCCGUAUCCGCGUCAGUGGUGGCGGUCACGUCGCUCAAAUCUACGCCAUCCGCCAGGCCAUCUCGAAGGCGCUGGUGUCGUUCUACCAGAAGUAUGUCGAUGAAGCGUCGCGCAAGGAACUGAAGGACAUUCUGACGCAGUACGACCGGACGCUGCUGGUCGCUGACCCGCGCCGCUGCGAGACCAAGAAGUUCGGUGGUCCAGGUGCCCGUGCCCGGUACCAGAAGUCGUACCGUUAAGUCGCUCCGUCACCGGCCUCCGUGUGCAUCCGUUUCUCUGCUCCGAGAUGUGUUCCACGGUGCUGGUGUUCGGGCGGCCAACGGUGCACACGAAUCAUUCUCCUUAAGAUUACGAGUUGUUACUUCGAGCAACAUGAGAGAGUAAGGAAUAAACCGUGAACAUCUGUACAAUCUUA